AUGUCCUCUACAUUGACCAGAAUCAACCCCAGACUUCAGCGUCUGGCAGAUAUUCUGGCCCAGGCACAGGCGCUGCCGUGUGAAGCGUUGGAGCAAUGUCCUGCCUCGCCGGAAUCAUAUCCUACCGCUCGAUCUUCGCCUGUACCCAAAGAUGCGGCAACCCUGCAGCGCCGUUCGCAGGAAGAUGUGCUUAUCUUAAAGAAUGGAGUACCUCGAUUCAUCUCGGGCAAACACUGGGCCUGGAUGGCGGAAGAGAUUCGAGAUAUCCAAUCUCUACUCGCCGAGCCGCAAAAGUCCUCGCCCAACGAGCCUCAAGGCAAUCAUCUCAUCUGGGAAAGCGAUUCCUCACCAUCUAAUUUACAAGACAGUAACAAUAUCGCAUUCGACCCCAUUCAAUCUGAUGCAUUUGAGCCGCUGACCAUGUCCAUCUUCCAUGCAGCCAUUAAUAGUAUGAAGGAAACAGAUGUUUCUACAGUCUUCAACACCGACAAAUCCUGUCUCCUGCGAAGGUAUCGAGCUGGGAUAGAAAUAUACCUGAAACAACAUGAGUUUAUGUCCUCAAGGAUCUUUGAAGUUCUACAAGCAUUUGUCAUCUUUUUGACAGCUCAAUAUCGGGAAGAUGAUAUAGGCAAAGUGUGGCCCUUGACCGGUCUUGCCAUUCGCAUGGCUACUAUUCAGCAUCUCCAUCGUGGCCCACUAGCACUACCACUGGGAACGAUCGACAUAGUGCAAGUAGAGUUGCGCCGCCGUUUAUGGGCGCAGAUAUGUCACCUGGACUUUCGGGCUGCAGAGGGUCAUGGCUUCGCUCCUUCAAUCCAUGACCUCUCAAUGUUACGGGCGCAUUAUCCAGACCACACAUGCGUCGCGAAAGAGAAUCCGUGUCUGUUCCCAGGGGCCUCUGGAGAAGCCCGAGUUUUGUCUGAACUUCAAACCCUGUUAAAAACUGCCGAGGCCAUGGCAGCUGAGCUGGAAAAGGCACUGGAUGAUCUUGUCCAGUACUGUGACAAGAGCAUCCAGAUUCCUCGACAGGACCGCGAGAAGGUCAUCAGCCCGACAACACGAAGGAGUAUCUUCAUGGAUGCGGCCAUAACCGUAGAGAACUGGUGUACCAUCGCCUCGAGCAAGGACUGUGAACCAUCUCAAUGGCAUAUUUCGUCGCAUGCUGGCAUUCACCCCAUCCUUUACGUCCUUUCUGAGGGGUCUGCAGGUAGCAACCGCGAUUUACGAAAUCCGCGGCCAGCAUACGUCCGGGGCAUGGCCAGCCAUUAUCUGUUGCUUGAUCGAGUUCGAUUCCAGAACCUCUGUCCUGCGGACGGCACUCAAACAGCUGGUCUCAGCCCAGGGCCGCAAGAUAAUCCGAUGGUGACGAGAUCAGGACCGGAUAACAUGGCUUCGGGGGAGUUGGAAUUAGAUACUGGGGAUUUCCUGGGAUUUAUGAACCUCGGGGACUUUGGUUUCCCUGAUCUUGCGGAUGUUGACCCGAUGUUGUUCUCUAACCCUUCGCAGUGGAGCUGA